GAGCGGCACACGGGGCGGGACAAUGACGUCACGGCGCGGCGCGCGGCGCCGCAGUGCGGGCGGUGGGACGUGGGCUCACAUACGCUCGACCUGCGCACAUCUGGGCACAUCUGUGCUCACCUGCGCGCACACCUGGGCACACGUCUGCGCUCACCUGAGCUGCCGUGCGCCAUGGUUCGGUUCGGGCUGACGGUCGUGCGGCAUGGAGAAACGAGAUACAACAAAGACAAGAUACUGCAAGGUCAAGGAGUGGAUGAGCCACUCUCUGCAACUGGUUUCAGGCAAGCAGAUGCUGCUGGUUUAUUUCUCAGUAAUGUGAAGUUUACCCACGUCUUUUCAAGUGACCUCCUUCGAGCAAAGCAGACUGCUGCUGCCAUUCUAGGGAAAAACAGGUUUGGCAAAGAUUUGGAAAUCAAGUAUGAUGCAAGACUGCGAGAGAGAAAGUAUGGUGUUGCAGAAGGAAGGCCUUUGGCUGACCUCAAGGCUAUGGCAAAGGAUGCUGGAGAGCAAUGUCCUUCAUUCACACCUUCUGGAGGAGAAACACUGGAUGAAGUGAGAGAGCGUGCAAGGGAUUUUUUUGAAUUCCUCUGCCGGCUGGCUGUUGAGUUGGAGCAGAAGGAGCAUGGCAAGCCCAGUGCCCCAGGCAGGAGCUCAGGAACAUCUGGAGAACAGUUUGUUUUCCCUUGGACAAGCCACUGCAGCGAGGCAGAGCUGAGCUCUGCGGGCAGCGGAUCUUCGAUGGUAUUAGAUGCCAAUAUUUUGGUGGUGAGUCAUGGAGCCUACAUGAGGAACUGGAUUGGCUAUAUGGUUUCAGAUCUCAACUGUACCUUACCAACAAAUUUAACCAAGUCCCAGCUGUCUUCUGUCAGUCCCAAUACUGGAGUCAGUCAUUUCAUUAUAAAACUUGAAAACGGGAAUUUGUUGAAGCCCAAUAUUGCAUGUGUCUGUCUUAACCAAGACUCUCACUUAGUGGAUGUGGGAGCUGAAUGUGUAGCUUCAAAAGUGUUUUAAGAGUCUCUGGGGGGGGAAAGUGGGAUUAGAUCAUAAUUUUGCUAAACUUGGGAAAAGUAUCUGUAGUAAUUACUGGGAUUGACUGGAAUUGCUGACACUAAACUGCAAAAAGGGAGACAUGCAACUGCUUGCCAUCCUAAAAACCACAAUUUGCAUGGUCCUAGUGCCCAGUAAAAGUUGGCAGUAGCAAAAUAAAACAAAUAUUCUCUGUUCUCAGAAGCAUAAUACUUGCAGUCACUUGCAUAUCUGCUCCUACAGCACAUAUUUCAGACAACUCCUUUGCAUUACUCCAUAAUUAUUUUGGUUACCUCCAAAUGAAAGGGUUGGGGAGAGGAGUGGUACCUCAAAGCUGAGCUAUACUGUAUUCUUGUUUCAUUACAAAAUACUAUAUUGUAAUAUGAAACAUACAUGUUGUCUUAAAUUUUUUAAUGCAAUAGUAGAACCUAGGAAGCAUUGCCCAGUGGGACAGGUUUGGUGCAGAGCCAAGGGAUGUGACUCUGACACUGAAUAUCUGUGAGACUCUGGGCAAGUCUCCUUUCCAUUUGUAAUGUGGGAAUGAUGAUAAACCUACCUCGCCAGGAGUAUUUCCUAAGAAAUUGAUCAGGUUGUCGAGAUCUCUGUUGACGAGCACUGUACACAAACACAGAGUAUUUAUUUUUAGCUGUGAGCAGGAUGAGGAACCUUGUGUGCACAUAGUAAUCGUCUCUUUUCUGGAAAAGGGACUUUCUCUCUGGGGUGAGUUGUACUUGACUGGAAUCCUUCUGUCAGCUGCAGUCAUGCACUUGAUUCUAUGAAUAUUUUUGCCUAGAAUGAGGCAAGUUUGAUUGUUUGGUGACUGUUGGUGUUAAUACUGCAUUCUUUCCCCACUGGGGUGUUUGUGGUGUUACAGUGUGAGCUUAUCUGGUUUAUGUUAUUUAUAAGAUUCAUGUAUUUUUUCUUCAUUUGCAUAUUUUUGGCCUGUUAAAAAAAAAUUAAAGGCUCUUGAAUAGAA